AGAGAGAGAGAGAGAAGGGGCAGGCAGUGUUUGGUGGGAGCUAGUUGGAUAGGCAAUUUCAGUACUUUGUAAGCAUCAAGGCAAUUCAACGUCACUGAACUCAGCAAAGUUGGCUUGUAUUUCUGAAAGAGAGAGAGAGAGAGAGAGAGAGAGAGAGAGAGAGAGAGAGAGAGACUGACUCUGACUCUUACCUCAAAUUCCGGAACUUUAACCCUGAAAGCGGUGUUCAGAGAAGGACUUGGACAAUUCCCCACGGCUUUCUCUUGUCUCCCAACUUUCCCUCCCUGGGGGUGCAAGGGAGGAUUCCGCGAUGAGGUUCUAAGGUUGCUGGCACUCCCAGAGCUGCUGUUUUGUAUUUUUCGGAGCCCUUGUGGCGCCUGACAAGUCGGAGCCCUUUAGGAGAGCAAUCGCACACCGAGGAGGUGUGUGUUGGAGGUGGGCAGGCGCCGCCGAGACUCCAGCGGUGGGUGCUCCUUUGUAGGCAGCAGUAGGCGCUAGGCUGGGCAAGCAGUCCCCAGCGUAAACCUCGGAGUCACCAUGCCUGCACCCCCACCUCGCCGCCGGCUUGCCUGCUAGGAGCCAGGAGGGAAUGUGGUGAACGCACCGGCUCCUCCGAGCGAGAGCAGAACCUCGCACGGGCACAGGGCCCUGGGCGCACCAUGGCCGACGCAGACGAGGGCUUUGGCCUGGCGCACACGCCUCUGGAGCCUGACUCCAAAGACCUGUCCUGUGAUUCAAAACCCGAGACUACACUAGGGGUUCCCAGCAAGUCCCCGUCGUCUCCGCAGGCCGCCUUCACCCAGCAGGGCAUGGAAGGAAUCAAGGUGUUUCUCCACGAAAGAGAACUGUGGCUGAAAUUUCACGAAGUGGGCACAGAAAUGAUCAUAACGAAGGCUGGAAGGCGGAUGUUUCCCAGUUAUAAAGUCAAGGUGACUGGGCUUAAUCCCAAAACGAAGUAUAUCCUCCUCAUGGACAUUGUUCCUGCGGAUGACCACAGAUAUAAGUUUGCAGAUAAUAAAUGGUCUGUGACCGGCAAAGCAGAGCCUGCCAUGCCGGGCCGCCUCUAUGUGCACCCUGACUCGCCAGCCACAGGGGCGCAUUGGAUGAGACAGCUCGUCUCCUUCCAGAAACUCAAGCUCACCAACAACCACCUGGACCCCUUUGGGCACAUUAUUCUAAAUUCCAUGCACAAAUACCAGCCCAGAUUACACAUCGUGAAAGCAGAUGAAAAUAAUGGAUUCGGUUCAAAAAAUACAGCAUUCUGCACCCACGUCUUCCCGGAGACGGCAUUUAUUGCGGUGACUUCCUAUCAGAAUCACAAGAUCACGCAAUUAAAGAUCGAGAACAAUCCCUUCGCCAAAGGAUUCCGGGGGAGUGACGACAUGGAGCUGCACAGAAUGUCCAGAAUGCAGAGUAAAGAAUACCCCGUGGUUCCCAGGAGCACCGUGAGGCAGAAAGUGGCCUCCAACCACAGUCCCUUCAGCAGUGAACCUCGAGCUCUCUCCACCUCGUCCAACUUAGGGUCCCAGUACCAGUGUGAGAAUGGGAUCUCCGGCCCCUCCCAGGACCUUCUGCCCCCACCCAACCCAUACCCACUGCCCCAGGAGCACAGCCAAAUUUACCAUUGCACCAAGAGGAAAGAUGAGGAAUGCUCCACCGCAGACCACCCCUACAAGAAGCCCUACAUGGAGACACCCCCCAGUGAAGAGGACCCCUUCUACCGCCCCAGCUACCCGCAGCAGCAGGGCCUGAGCGCCUCCUACAGGACAGAGUCGGCCCAGCGACAGGCCUGCAUGUACGCCAGCUCCGCGCCGCCCAGCGAGCCCGUGCCCAGCCUGGAGGACAUCAGCUGCAACACGUGGCCCAGCAUGCCCUCCUACAGCAGCUGCACGGUCACCACGGUGCAGCCCAUGGACAGAAUCCCCUACCAGCAUUUCUCCGCUCACUUCACCUCGGGGCCCCUUGUCCCCAGGCUAGCCGGCAUGGCCAACCACGGCUCCCCGCAGCUCAGAGAGGGGAUGUUUCAGCACCAGACCUCCGUGGCCCACCAGCCUGUGGUCAGGCAGUGUGGGCCUCAGACUGGCCUCCAGUCCCCCGGUAGCCUGCAGCCCCCUGAGUUCCUGUACUCUCACGGGGUGCCCAGGACCCUGUCCCCCCAGCACUACCACUCCGUGCACGGGGUCGGCAUGGUGCCAGAGUGGAGCGAGAACAGCUGAAGCCGGGUGGCCCUGCCGCAGGCAUUUGCUGAGAGAGAGGAGAGGGGCGAGGGAGAGAGAUGGGCGCAAGGAGGACCCCCCCCACCCCCCACGAGUUUUCCACUCUGCAUCCGCGCACUCGAGGCCCCCCGGGCGCUGAUCUGAUCAGUAGCUUGCAAACCAACCACCAUCCAAAAAAAAAAAAAAAAAAAAAGAAAUCUGACUCUCGUUUUGAUUCCAAACUUCAAAAACCAAGAGAAGAGGCGUCGCAUGCACGCAGGACUCCUGCUCCUCACCAGCCGCCUGGGCCCCCUCUUGUCUCCCGAUGCCUUCUUUUGGGUUCCAGAACAUCCUGCUCAGUGAGUGUCUCAUCCUGGUGGAUUUGGGAACCUCGCGCUGUCUCGGUGUUAAUGUCGACUUUGUUAUAUAAUAAAUAAUAAUAUAUUUUUUUUCUUCUGAUUUUCUUAACGGGACCCAGUCCCUUAUUGGAGGGAGAUUCCAAAUAGACACUUGCGGGAUUCCCUGGGCAAAAACCAGCCCUAAAACUUAACAUUGGCCUUCCUCUUCUGUCUGAGAGAAGCACCUACCUCUGCCGCGUGAUGUCUCCCAGAAGGUCCCCACGUCCCCGGCUGGUUUCCCAUUGGUCUCUGCCUCUGCCAGUUCGCUGGUGCCCAAUUUUGCCUUUGACUUGCACAGAUGGACUUGGGAUCAGGCCGAUCUCCGCCCCACCGACCCCCAGCUCCGGGUCUCUCCCGCCAUCUGUCGCUAAAAAAGUCGCCUAUAGUUUCCCCGUCCGGAAAUCUUGCUUUGAAAAAAAAAAAAAAAACUUAAAAAAGCCCUGGUUGACCUGCGGGCAGGACUCUGAUAAGCAGAGAGCAAGCUCUGUGCCGACAAGAAAAAAAAAAAAAAAAAAACAUAAAUAUUCUUUGCGAUUAAAACAAACAAAGCCAGUCCCAGGCGUCCUGCCCACCCACGGGAUGCAAAGCAGAAUCUUCAGGUCCUCAAGAGGCAACAUCUGCUCACCGUUGAGCUCCAAAGAAUCCGCACCAGCACCAAAGGCCGACACUCAAUUGUGUGUAUCGACAGCAGAAAACAGUAUUAAAAAAAAUGUGUGUGUAAGUAAGACGUUAUUGUAGGGGUCCCCAGAUGUAAUAUUUUACUGGUACUAUUUAUUUAUAAAUAGGAAUUCUAAUUAAGUAAUAACAGGAAAUCCAGCAUGGGAGCUGACCAAGAGCUUUUAAUUUUAUUGAUACUCAAAAACCAAGUUUGUGUUUUUUUUAUUUUUCCCCCCUUUUUUUCUUCUGAAUGAUCUUUGCUUUCUCGAUUUUGAAAAAAAGAAGAAAAAAAAAACUUUUUUUUUUUUAACUGACCCUAAUAAAGAGAACAGGGUAAUAUGUGAGACUGAGUAUGUCCCAGGUCAUGAGAGCUUGGGUGUGUUUGUACGUGAGUGUCUCUGCGAUUUCAUCUUUCUAUGUGGCUGAGGGAGGGAGGGGAGAAUAAGUACUUGUUCCUUAUAUUUGUGUGCCAAUUAAGCCUAAUAAAUGCUAUGUGCUUAAGGAA